CACCAUAAGGAAAUACUAAAAUCUUCUCCAUUCAGUUGUGGAUGUUACGUGUUGCUUUUCACAAUUUCCAUAUGUUGAAGUUGUUUCUCUUCAUCUUUUUGACGUGCUGGGUGAGAUCAGAUACAGAACAAAAAUGUCAAGAGUUCACAGAUCUUAGCAUACACAAUGCUUUAGCUGGGACAGAUCUAAAAGUGAAACUGCUGUUGUACACAAGGACAAACCAAAACUGUUCUGAGAGUCUCAGUGAAUAUAAUACAACAGCAUCUACAUAUCUGGAUGUGACCAAGAAAACUGUCUUUAUAAUCCAUGGCUUAAGACUAACAGGCUCUGCACCAGUAUGGCUGAACGACAUGAAAGAACUUCUGCUGUCUUUAGAGGACGUUAACCUCAUUAUAGUAGAUUGGAACAGGGGUGCUACAACUGUAAUUUAUCAUAAUGCUGUCCACAACACCAGAAGAGUUGCAGAAAUCUUGAAGAAAUAUAUUGACCAGAUGUUGGCAUAUGGAGCUUCUCUUGACUCUAUUCAUAUGAUUGGAGUUAGCCUUGGGGCUCAUAUAGCUGGAUUUGUUGGAGAAAUGUAUAAUGGUAAACUUGGCAGAAUUACAGGUCUUGACCCAGCUGGCCCUUCAUUCAGUGGGAAACCACCAAAUGAGAGAUUGGAUCAUACAGAUGCACAGUUUGUUGACGUCAUUCAUACUGAUAUAGAUGUUCUAGGCUUCAGGAAACCUUUAGGAAAUAUCGAUUUCUAUCCAAAUGGAGGAGCAGAUCAGCCUGGCUGUCCACAAACACUGUUUAGUGGAUCUCAGUUUUUUAAAUGUGACCAUCAGAGAUCUGUUUUCUUGUUCCUGUCAUCCUUGAGACGGAGUUGCAACAUAACAACAUACCCUUGUGAUUCAUACUUGGAUUACAAGAAUGGAAAAUGUGCCAACUGUGAAGCUUUUCAACCAAUGCCAUGUCCAGUACUGGGUUAUUUUGCUGAUAAGUGGAAAAACUAUUUAAUCCAAAAAGACCCUCCGGAGACAAAGGCUUAUUUUGAUACCUCAGGCCAAGAACCAUUCUGUAUGUAUUACUACUUUGUGGAUUUUAUUACUUGGAACAAAAGCAUUAGGAGAGGUUUCAUCAGAAUUAAAAUAACAGACAAUGCUGGAAACACAAUAGAAUCAAAAAUAAAUAGUGAAGCUGCUACAUUUCAGCAGUAUAGACAAGCCAGUAUCUUUGUUGGAUUUUAUGAGGAUUUUGACAAAAUAUCAAGAAUUUCCUUGACUUUUUCAACAAGAACUCUAAUAGGCCCAAAAUAUAAGCUCAGGAUUCUCCGAAUGAGGCUAAGAUCUACUACAGAUCCAGGAAGGCUGCAGACGUGCAGAUAUGAUUUUGUACUUCUGGAAAACAUCGAAACAACCUUCAGGCCUAUUCCAUGCCAAGAGAGGGACAAGUAAAGAGAGAGCCUCCGCUAACUUGCUUUCUUUUGUAGAAAAUAUCACUUUUAAUUCUUUCUCAGGACUAAGGCCUGCUCUGAGGAGGGAAAUGAGACAAAACAAGCUCAGUUUCUGAAGUUGGAACGAUAAAGUUCAUUGCUUUCUGUGGGUAUCGUAGAGUGAAAUUCAACAAACAGUUCAGUCAAAUUUUGAAAACAAAUGUAUGAUGGCAGAACACGUGCAAUGAUCUAUUAGCCAUUGUUUGUAAGUAGCAAGAAUAUUCCAGGAGUCCUCUGAAUUAAAUGUAACUAUCUGCGCUGAUCAUGGCAAAUUAGUCGUCAUGUAAUAUAAAUAUAAUUAUUUUUUAUGCUAUUUUUCAUAUCAAGACAUAAUUAUUUCUCUGUGAAUUUAAUAUGCCAUACAGAUGAUAUACAGACCAAAGAUACAGCAAUUUUGGAGUAUAAUAUUCACUGAAUAAAUCAUUUGAAUUUCUUUCAUUAUCUGAUGCUUCUGGUUUUGGAAACCAGAAAAAUAGUUGAUAUUUGUGCAAAUAUAUGUAAAUUUGCUGUUUAAAGCAAUUCUCUCUGAUCUCCAUUGUCUUCUGUAGAUGAAUAUUAUUACAAACCUUUAAGUGUUUGUCUAUUAAUGAGAAUGGACAAGAGAUUGGCAUGCAGGUAUGAAGAAAUUGGAAUGUCUGCUUAUGGUCUGUGUUAUACAGAAAGUCAGACUGGAUGAUCACACAGUCUUAGAAUCUAUGAAGCUUUGAAUAUACUUACAGAGAAAUUGUGUGGCAUUAGGAAUGAUGUCUACAAUGACCAGAUUUUACUGCUAGGUGGUAUGAAAUAGGUAUAGAACUCUGGACAUACACAGCUAUCUGCCUACAAGUCUGCUGUACCCAUCCCAGUAAUGCUCACUGAAUGCCUUUGUAUAACUGCUGCCUUUUCUAUUAUUAUUUGUGUAGCUCCAGUUUUGCAGAGU